GUCAGCGCGCGGGCUCCAGAGCUGCUCUUCUUGCCGGAGCCCGGGACGGGGCGCCCCGCGGGAGGAGGGCGAAGAGCCGCGGCGAUGGUUCCGCCGGGACUCCUGGAGUCCGCUGUCCUCGCCGCUGCUGUCUUCGUGGGAGGCGCCGUGAGUUCGCCGCUCGUGGCCCCGGACAAUGAUGGCAGCCUCCCGUUACACUCCAGAACUGAGACGACGCCCUCGCCCACGAACAAUGGAAAUGGACACCCAGAAUACAUUGCGUACGCGCUUGUCCCUGUGUUCUUCAUCAUGGGUCUCUUCGGCGUCCUCAUCUGCCACCUGCUUAAGAAGAAAGGCUAUCGUUGUACAACAGAAGCUGAGCAAGACGUGAAAGAAGAAAAGGUUGAAAAGAUAGAAUUGAACGACAGUGUAAAUGAAAAUAGUGACACCGUUGGGCAAAUUGUCCACUACAUCAUGAAAAACGAAGCAAAUGCUGAUGUUUUAAAGGCAAUGGUAGCAGAUAACAACCUGUGUGAUCCUGAAAGCCCGGCGACCCCUAGCACUCCUGGGAGCCCGCCUGUGAGCCCCGGGCCCUUGUCGCCAGGUGGCACCCCAGGGAAGCACAUCUGCGGCCACCAUCUGCACACAGUGGGUGGUGCUGUCGAGCGGGACGUGUGUCAUCGAUGUAGGCACAAGCGAUGGCACUUCAUAAAACCCACCAACAAGGCCAAAGAGGGCCGCUCAAGGCGCCAAGGAGAAGUUACUGUCCUCUCUGUGGGCAGGUUUAGAGUUACGAAAGUGGAACACAAGUCAAAUCAGAAGGAGCGGAGAAGUUUAAUGUCAGUUAGUGGGACCGACAGCGUCAAUGGGGAGGUGUCUAUGACACCCCUGAAGAGGGAGCGAAGUGGCACAGAGUAGCAG